CGUCGUCGUGUCGGUAAGUGCUGAAGAAAGAGGAGGAAGGCCAGAGGAUGGUGGUGAUCGGGACCGGAUCCGAGGGCACCAGCAGAACUCGCCUGCUAGAGUGAAGAGUGCUAGUGCAAGACAGUCGACAGUCGAGGACUGUUGGUAAAAGAAAAGCUCGGAGCACCGCCGCGGUUGCGUGACGUCGCGUGUACAAUGUGCCUGUGUUUUUAAUCGAUAAUUAAUCCAGAUUUAUUUCUGAUCAUCUGAAUUCCUUAAGUUCUUGUUUCCUCUUUUUGAAAAUUCAACAUCAAGUUUCCAAAUAUUUAUCGGAGACCCUAAAUGGCAAAAAGUGUUUUGACGAAAUUGAAUGAAAAUAUUCAUUUUAAAUAAGAGGGAGUGAGGAAAAGUGUCCUGAAAUUCAGAGUGCUAGUUCCAGUGCUGGAUUUAAAGAUAAAUACGGAUGGUCAACGACGUGAUGAGCGAGUACGAACGAAUUAAGCGUUCGUGCUUAAAACGUGGUGAACUCUGGGAGGAUCCUGAAUUUCCAGCUACACAGGCGUCAGUGUUUUAUCAUCAAACACCGCCAUUUCAGUUUCAGUGGAAGAGGCCAAAGGAAUUAUGCAACCGACCAAUUUUCGUAAGCGAUGUGCCAGCACAAUUCGACGUCAUUCCUGGAAAAAUGGGUGACAAGUGGUUGGUGUCGUGUUUGGGAGUCCUUCACCUCAGCAAAGGUCUAUUCUACCGAGUGGUACCAGCUGAUCAAGGAUUCGGAAAUGGAGAACCAUCUGGUUCUCCAACUUCAGAAUACGUUGGAGUCUUCCGGUUUAGACUCUGGUGGUGUGGCGCUUGGGUCGAGGUCCUCGUCGAUGACCGACUUCCGGCCGUUCACGGACGCUUGGCCUUCGUUCAAAGUCGUCACAGCGAUCAGUUCUGGCCAGCUCUCCUGGAAAAAGCUUACGCUAAGCUACAUGGCUCGUAUGAAGCUUUAAAAUACGGAACUUUACUGGAUGGACUAUCGGAUUUGACUGGUGGUAUUACAGAAAGUAUUGCAAUUCGUCAGGAUCCAACAGCAUGUGGCCGAGCACUUGCAAAACUUUUGGAUAUGACUUCUCUAAUUACUUGCACAGUUAAUAACAAUCAACAACAGCAGAUUCGAACAAGCACAGAGAAAUUAGCAAAUGGAAUACAAAUGGGAAUAAAUUAUAGACUCUACGCCAUCGAAAGGGUAGAAACGUUUAGUGGGGAGGCUGGUCAGUUGGUGAAACUCAGAAAUCCUCUUGGACCAGGAGGAGAGUACGUCGGUGCUUGGGCACGAGGAGGCCUGGAAUGGGACGAAGUUCCACCCGUAGAAAGAGAACGAUUGACUGUCAGAAACAUGGCUGAAGGAGAGUUCUGGAUCUCUUACUCGGACUUUGUGAAAACCUUCACCCACCUAGAGGUUGUUCAUCUUGAUGCAGAAACUUCAAGGGACGAACCAUCCUUACACAGCAAACACACUUGGCAGAUGAAGCUCUACCAGGGAAGCUGGAGAAGGGGCGUCACCGCAGGAGGAUGUCGAAAUAAUCAAGAAACGUUCCAUAUAAAUCCACAAUUGCACCUAAUUCUUAGUGAAAUGGAGGAAGUAAUAGUCUCCCUUAAUCAACAUUCAAUAAUGGAACCGAAGGUAAUAGGAUUCACAGCAUACACACUUCCAAAAAAUAAUACAGAGUCAAUAAAUAAGCAGUUUUUCAAAAAAAAUAAGUCACUGGUGAAUUCACAAUAUACGAAUAGUAGGCAAGUGAGCCACCGAUGUCAAUUGGAACAAGGUGGUUAUUUACUCGUACCAACAACUUUUGAACCUACACAAGAAACAAGUUUCACUCUGCGAGUCUAUAGCAGUAAACCUCUAAAAUUAAAAUUGCUGGACACGCCGCCCUCUUUGGUGAAGUCAGCCAUUGUCAAAGCACCGGUUCUUGAAGGCAAAGGAUUUUCUCAAUAUGAAGCAGUAUUUCUUCAACUAGCAGAUGAACACCGGACGGUUAAUGCUUUCGAACUUCAGGAGCUUUUAGAAGCCUGUUUACCUAACGAUUAUAUAAAGAGCUGUGCCUGCAUGGAAGUUUGUCGUCAAGUCGUUCUCACGAUGGAUAGCUCAGGCAGCGGGAGACUGAAAUUCAACGACUUCAAAGAUCUGAUGUGCAGUUUAAAAUACUGGCAAGCAGCUUUCAAAAACCACACGAAAGAGAAAACUGGCAUUUUAAAGGCGGAACGACUUCGCGAUGCUUUACUCGAAGUUGGGUUUCAACUAAAUACGGAUGUACUGUCGAUUCUCAUCCUCCGAUAUAUGAGGAAGGACGGAACUUUGAGAUUUGGCGACUUUGUUUCAGCAAUUUUACAUUUAAGCGAUGCUUUUGGGAUAUUUGAAAGCAAAGAUCCGUUACAAAAUGGAACUAUCAAACUAAGUUUAGCAGAGUGGCUACGAUCGUCUCUAAUGUGCUGAGAUAAGUUCCGUGAUUUUUGUACUUUAAAUUGUUUGUAAAUAUUGAUUCGUUGUAUCAUUUUUUACAUUUAAGAUAUAGCCAUAUUAACGAUAAUACGCAUUUACCUUUUCCACUGUAAAAUAAUUCCAUCGCGUUCGAAGUCGUAUAAUUUUCAUAAAAAAUCAAGUAUGUAUAAAAUGUUGUGUGUAUAAAAAAAUCAUGCUAG